AUCAAAAUUUUCGAAUUCGUUCAUCAAGCUUAGUUUGUCCAGUGCUUCAAAACGUGAAAGAGAGUACUUGUGAUUUUGCUGAUGUUCUGUGCAACUUAGCCGAUCGAUUACUUGCCAUGAAGGCCAGAUAUCUGCCGGUUGUGUUGUGGAGUCUACUCUACAUAUCAGUGGCCUUCUUAGCCCAGGGAACUAUAGCCAUAUAUGGACUCGCAUUCGCCAAUAUUGCAGAGCUCGCCAAGUACGAGGCUUCCAUGGGGCAUGUGCGGGUGAACUGGGUGGUGUGCGGGGUGUGUUUCCUGCUCUACUUCUCCCUCCUCCUCCUCUUCCUCUGCGGAGUGACCAUCCAGAAGUACAAGGCACACUCCACCAAACGACUGGAAGACUGGAUAGCCGUACUUGUCGGCGUGGUCACUAUGGCAUCGAUUGUGAAUGGCCUGUCAGUUUGGAGCUAUGGACUAGUGUCCAUCGGGAACCUACACCACUUCAUGAUGCGAGACAAGCCCUGCUGCUUCGCCGGAAGGACACCCGCACUCGACAUCCACAACCAAUACAUGCAACAACAGUCGUCCAGUCUUAGUUGUGUGUGUAUAGACUUCUCCGAGUGCUUCCCCGAGAACCCGAGCAGCGAAUGUUCGACCCAGAUCGAAAACAGAGUCGCAACCUACUGCUACAUGUUGCAGUUCAUGCAGUAUGCCACUUCAGGAUUUGUGGUGGUGGAGAUUCUGCUCCUUCUCUACUCCCUUGUCCUAGUCUGCAAAGCCAACAAGGAGCACCCAAUAAACCGAGAGAAAUUCCGAACGUACGACGAGUACAAAAUGAUCCGAGAGAGUCUGCGGAGGGAGAAGAAAGAGAUGAAGGAGAUGAGGAGAAGUGGAGGGGGGAGAGUGAGUAGUCAGAUGAGUCAUAUGAGUCAGAUGUCCACUGAUAUGAUGGGGGAGGAUGAGUCAGAGAUAAUGCAGCGAGAGGGUGUGGAGGAGACUAAUUACGAUGAAAAUGCAGCCAAUGAGUUUGACCGACAGUUGUGGUCAAAAGACGGCACGCAAUAUGGUAUCAAUGGGGACAUUUACGAGGAGUCACUGGACGGAUCAGAAGAUGACAAUGUGCCCUCCAUCCUCCCAAACAUAUCUCCCAAAAUGCAAGUGGAUGCUAUAAAAAACAUUUUUAGCAAACAUUGA